AUGGAUCUGCUCUCAAGGAAUUUUCUAGAAUUGCACGCAAAAGAAUAUACUUUGAUCUCGUGCCAAUCGAUCACCCUUCCCGAGUGUCCAAUUUGUCAUGAAGAGUAUUCAAUCGACACCCCUGAACGAGAACCAUACGGUCUCCAAUGUGGCCAUGCAAUCUGUAAUGGUUGUUUCUCAAAUCUCUCAACUCAAACCUCAUCUGGAACCUUUAAAUACGGCCUUCUGUGCUGUCAAUGCCAAGCUCAUCACAUCUACAGUCAGAAAUCGUGGGAAAACCCGUUAAAAGCAUUUCUAAGAGAGAUGUCACAGCUAUCAUCUGGUGACUUAAAGCCAAAAGAAGAGCUAAAAAUUCAACCAAUUCAACCAAUUCAACCAAUUCAACUAAUUCAACCAAAUUCAAUACAGCCAAAUCGAAAUGAAGGUGACUUAAAAAGUUGCGAGAACUGCGGAAAUGAAUUUUCUCUUCUCGAAAUGUUUCUUUGCAAGGAUUGUGACAUAAAGAUUUGCGCCUUGUGUUCAAUGAGGAAACACCGCUCGCACGAGAUCGUCGAUUUGAAGGCCGAAAUGGAGAAGAUCAAUCAACUUUUCCUCGAAACACAUCAAACCGUUACCCCGCAGAUCAAGGCCUACGAUGUUUGUUUCCCCGACCUUCACAAGGAUCUCAUCAACCACAUUUCAAAUGUUCAGAAAAAACUUAUUGCUCAAAUCGACAAAAUCGAGACGCUCAACUUUGAUUCGGCAAAGAGAGAGCAGGAGAAAUGCCUAGGUAAUGGUGGAAAAUUUGAAGAGAUUUGUGAGAAAUAUUUAUCAGAUUUGCGAACAUGUAACACCAGGUUAGAGAACCUCUUUGUUGAGAUUGAUUACCCAUUAGAA